UACAAAAGCCGUUUUAGAGUUCAGUUUUGCGACCACGUCCGGUCAUUAAACAAUUCGUUUCCGCGCGCACACAUCGCGGUCCGACCUAUUUAAUAUAUUUUAUUGAUAGGUAUGUUUUGCAAUAUCAAAUAAACACUAUCUAUUAUAAUGAAUAUUUAAAUGCCUGUGUGCAUCACGAUCACGGCAAGCGCCUCGAAAAUCCAACUUCCAUGAGACCAUCGCGGUCUUUUAGACGUCGUAUUUAUUGCAUCUUUGUUGACGAUCCUCGUUCAAACGAACUUGGUCGCUGUUAAUUGGUAUGUCCUCAGACAAUGAACCUACUUGGAGAAUAUGCAGAAAAGCAGUGUGGAUGUUGAUACAAAAUGUUAAUAACUUAGCCGAUGCCGAAGCUUUACUAAACCGACAAGAGAAUGACCUUCAUAUUGCAAGCGGCAAAUGUUUCAUUUUGUUACUGACGGCCAUCCAAAGGCCGGAAAAGUCGCGACUGGAAUCCGCGCAAGCCGAGUUCAAGCGAUUUGAGGCGCGGUGCGGUGCAAUGUUGGACGGUGGUGGUUGGUUGGGGAUGGUCAGGAGAAAAUUGCAAUUCUCGUCGGGCGCCGCCGCGGGCGUCGACCACUACGACGGACAGAUCGCGCUGGCCGACGUCACCCUGUGCAUAGUCGGACUGAUGGUGGUCAAGGUCAUGAACGGGUAUAACGUGGGUCACAUAGCUAUCGCCAAAACGGUUUACUCCCUGCGGCGUGUUUGGAAAAUGUAUCAGCAAUGUUACGCCUCCGUGCUGGACGUCUACCGCGCCGUGUACGACCUGGACCCCGACGAAAACGCUCCGAGGUGGCCUCCGGUUUUGAAACGCAGACAAUCCUCAUCUGCCGCCUCGUUGGCUUCGACGUCGAACGUGGGAAGUCGUAUGUAUCGCUCGGCUACCACAUCGUUUGAAACGUUUCGCCAAGAUAGUGUGUCAAACGAGAUGUCUAAAGACGUGAUUAGAUUGAUGACAGCGGUCAGUGUGGGAUAUGGUGCUUUUAAUUUGAUCUUAUCAUUAGUUUCACCGAUGAUGAUACCUCUAAUUGGAAUGUUGGGUUUUCGUGGAAAUCGCCGAACCGGUUUAGACGCUUUAAUGUUUGCCAAAAACGGACCUGACGUACACGCACCGUUGGCAUGGUUGAUCCUGUCAUGGUAUCACAUGAUGGGAAACACAGAUUUCUUGUUCGACGGUCCCCAUUCUCGAGAAAAUCAAACCUAUGUCAAGGAAUCUGAACAAUUAGUUUGUAAUCCGCCCGAAGAAUUUCGAAACUCGACAUCUCUACAAUACUUUAUCGGGCGAUCGUUUUAUCUCAAGGGUGAUUUAGAACAAUCGAUACGAGCGUACGAGAUUGGAUCAACAGUUUUAGUUGAUAAUUCUUUUGUAAGUAUGAAAACAAUGUGUUUACAUGAAUUAGGAUUCAUGUAUGCAAUUAAAUUGGAUUGGAUUGCUGCGUAUAAAAAAUUUGCAAGUGUAGCAGAAGUUUGGAUGAAGCAGUAUCAUUACUUCAUGGCUACAGUGUGCGCAGGCGCGGCGGGCGAUACCACUACGGCUGAACUGAUGAGACGCCGGACUGAUGAGGUGGUCAGCGGCUGUAGGUCAGAUGCCUGUCGGGGAACAAUGAACAGCUUUAUGGAGAGCAAAGAGACCAAAGUGGCCGAAGCACUGAGGUGGACGGCGGCGGCCUCGAGCGAAGACGACGCCGACAGCAAACACGGCCACAUCCUGUGCAAUCACUGCGACGGCCAGCGAUACUGCCGUCUGAUCGCUUACGAGGUGCUGUACGUCAAGUACGGAGUGGCCAAGUGGCCGGAAGACGCGUUGCACGCCGUUUUGUCGGAUUGCCAAGAAGCUGAAGACGACGACAACACUAUGUUGUACACAAAACAAUUGCUGACGGUCGUCUGUCAGAGAGUUUUGGGUUUUGUCGACGACUACCGUCAAUCCCUGAUUGACAUUGUCGAAAAUAUGGACCGGAAUCAAAGACGAGAUCACUUAUAUGUUUAUGGAGUUUACGAACUGACCGCUGAGCAGAUAAGACACAAUGAAACUAUAGAAGAAGGCAAACGAACAGUCCAAAAACUCAAGGAUAUAAAACGAAGUUACCAUUUUCAGCACUUCUACGAAAUGCGAUGCGUCUCGUUGCAAGCGUAUGUACAAAAAUUAAACGUCAGAUGACGAUUUUCUAAACCUGAAUACAACUACUACACAACGAAGUGUGAAUAAAAAAUGUUUUUGCGAA